UGCACAAGGCACAUUAGUUAAAUUAAAAUACAGUUUGUUCCAUUUUGUGCGCUCGAAAACAGUGCAAUGCGUAUGCUCUUGUUCAAAACAGUUGACAGGUUUGACGAAUUUCAUGGAACGCAAGCAGCAUGUGGAACCGACGCGCGACAACAUCUUGGACCAGUUCAGAAAGCGCGAAUUGUACGUGCCGAAUGCCGAGAGCUUGGCAAUGGAACAGCUGCUACAUAUCUACAACUCUUUCAUCAUGCCGCAUCCGCGUCGGGAGCGACGUGAGCGACGGCGCACGCAAACUGAGUCGCAGCCAAAGCGCGCCAAUCAAAGCGCGCCUGAGGAAUUUGAACACCUGACGAAGCGCUCUAAUAUGGUCAGCGUGGCCAGUGAGAAACGUCCCAUCGAACUAGCCACAGAAUCUCCAGGGCAUCUGCUCAACUGCCCACGAAAGCGCAUCAAAAUUGAGCUGAAACAGUGACCUCUCCUCUCCUCCACUCUUGCUUAUGAUUCAGUUGACGACUUAUCAGUUCUGCUGUUCAGAUAUGUACAUACAUAUGCCUGUAAUUCUGACCAUGAUGCAAGUGGGAGAUACGAAACCAAAGUUGUGCCUUAGAGCUUGAGAUGUGAAGUUUAUUGACUUACUGGAUACAGGUCUGCUUAGAUACAUAUGUACAUAUGUAUGUAUGUACAUAUGGAUGCGAGUGAAAUUGAUGUAAGCAAUAUGCCUUCUUAACGUAGUUUAAAGAUAGCAAUUUAUUCUGGCUUUACCAAGCACCCCCAAGUACAAACGGAAUUAAAUAAAUUUUGCUAAUGUUACUCCUUCUCAAGUUAGUUUAUUGUAUUGUAUUCCAAAAAUAUAGUCUUCUUCUAUAGUCCACAAAUACGAAUAGCUUAAAAUAACUACGAAAAUGGCUUAUAGAGACAUGCUGCCUCUUUAUUUUUCGCAGCUGUACACACGUUUACAUGCAUAUACAUAUGUAUGUAUGCAUAUAUGUACGUGUAUAUUAGCUUAGUUAACUGCGCUCAUGGCAGUUGCAGCAUGGAGCCAGUGUGUGCCAAAAUGAAACGGAUGGCAUGACGCGCAUUGCGCACACACAGCAAUGAGCGGGACAGAGCGAGGCUGCUGUCACAUUCGCACAGUUUAUGCAUGUGUAUAUGAAUGCAUUUAUAAAAGUAAUUUUUAUUUUUUCGGCAGGAAAAGAUUUUGUUUUCGAGAGUUUUACAAAUGGCUGUUUAAGCUUACCUUAUUGAAUAGAGAGAAAUUUUCACUUAAU